CGCCCCUAACUUCCAAAAAUGGCUUCGCGCUUCCCCUCCUGCCUGUGCCCGCGUCUCAGCCCGCCCUCCUGAGCUGCUGCUGUAGCUGCGUGGAUGGUGACACCGACCCUGACGCGGAGCUGCCCCGCAAGUCGUCUCUCCCUACGCCCUCGUUCUGCUGCGCCCGCCUCGCACCGAGCACUGGAGUUUAGAACAAGAUUCACAGCCGGGGAGGAGGGUUUCAGAGGAGGCCACGCGUUGCCAUGGCAACUGCUCAGCACAGACUGAUUGCUGCAGCUGCUGCUCCUGUGGGGACAGGCUGUAGCGCCUGAUUCACCCAAUUUCCUUAAGAUGAAGAAGAGUUUAAAACCUACCAAGUCACCAAGAAAAAGCCCACUGGCAGCGUUGCCUAGUCUAACCAUGAAGUCGCCUUCCUCCACGGGUAAACUGAAAUCUCCUGUGCCUUUUAAGUCUCUGGCGUCGGGCCAUAACCUGCUUGAUGUGACGGAAGAAAGUGAUGCUCCUGAUUAUAAUGGAGAGAAAACCAGAGGCAAUGAGGCUGGAGUCCGCUAUAUCACAGAAACUCUGAUCCAGAAGCUGACCAAACAAGAAAACUUGGCAUACGUCACCUCCCUGAAUCUUUCCCUAGCAAAAGAUGGGGGCAAAAAAUUUAAGUUUAUUGAGAACCUGGAAAAAUGUGAGAGACUUGAAGUUUUAAACCUGAGUCAUAACCUUAUAGAGAAGAUAGAGAAGCUGGAAAAGCAGAUGAGGCUCAGAGAACUCAACUUGUCCUACAACAAAAUCAGCAAAAUUGAAAACUUCGAGCAAAUGCAGAAUCUGAGAAAGCUGAACCUGGCAGGAAAUGAAAUUGAGCACAUCCCGGCUUGGGUUGGCAAGAAGUUGAAGCCUCUCACCGUCCUGAACUUAAAAGAAAACAAGAUCUCUUCACUACAGGAUGUCUCCAGGCUGAAGCCUUUGAAAGAUCUCACUACCCUCUCCUUGUCUGAUAAUCCUGUGUCGAACCUCCCUCAUUAUCGACUCUACACCGUGUUUCACCUGCGGUCCCUGAAUUUUUUGGAUGCUCAGCCAGUGACGAAUCAGGAGAGACAGGAAGCCCAUGACAGAUUUAAUCUAGAAGAGAUAGAGAAACUGGAGAGAGAACUGGAAAAGAGAAGAAGUGAAAUUGAAGAUCUGCAGGACCAGAAGGCAAAGAUCACUGGAGAAUUGGAGAACCAGGACGAGCUGAACAGAUCUCUAAAGCAAGAGGCGCUGCAGCAGAAAAAGAGCAACAAGGAACUGGAGCAGCAGAUGGAAACGAAGAAUGAAAUUCUGAAGCAGAAGACGAUUGAGUUAACAAGGGCAUGCCAAAAACAGUACGAGCUUGAGCAGGAACUGGCUUUCUAUAAGAUCGAUGCCAAAUUCGAGCCAUUGGGAUACUUUGAAUCAGGGAAUGUGGAAAUGGAAGACGUACCUGAAGAAAGUCCUUACAUUGGCAAAGCCAGAUACAAAAGGAACGCUUAUGCCCGAGAAAGCUUCAUAGCGAAUCGUGCUCAGCCAUUGCAGAUUGGGAAGAUUGAGCCUGAUGAGGACAAUCAGAUAAGGAACCAGCAGAUCCAGGCCAGGAUUAAUACAGCGCUCAAUGUGGAACUGGGAGACAAAGAGAAAAACAUCCAGGCGGCUCAAGGGAAAUUAGUAGAUCUGCAACACGAAAUUAUUAGUGCCGAAAAGCAGAUUUUAAAAGCAACAGAGGAACUGAAAGAACUGGAAGAUGCAGUGGCCCAAAAAAAGAUUUCGGAGGCCGAGAAGGAGAGACUGCGACAGCAGCUAAGCGGUAAGAUCCAACUGCUAAACCAACUGCGCCAGGAGGCUGUAGAACUGGAGAAGCAGAUGGAAUGGCAGCGCAGGGAGAUGGACAAGAAGCACAGGGAGAUCGAAGACCUUGAAAAGCAUCUGGCAUCUCUCAGCCCUCAGGACCCCAGACAUUCCCACGUGAAGGCCCAGAAGGCCGGGAAAGAGCAGCAGCUGGAUAUGAUGGACAGGAACUACAAGCAGCUGGAAGGGAGACUGGAUGAUAUGCUUUCCCGCAUAGCCAAAGAAACAGAGGAGAUCAAGGAUCUGGAACAGCAGCUCACAGAGGGCCAGAUAGCAGCCAAUGAAGCUCUGAAGAGGGAUCUGGAGGGAAUCAUAGCAGGCCUGCAGGAGUACCUGGACAGCGUGAAAGGCCAAGCCAAGCAGGCACAAGAUGAGUGCAGAGAGCUUCAUGCAGAAAGGGAAGAGUUGCUGCAGAGAAUUAUGGAGUUGGAGGAGGAGAAGAAGCAGCUGGAGGCUGUGGCUUUGGAGGCUGAAAGCAUGAGAAAAGAAAUUGAAGAGCUUGAACACAGUCUUCAGGAGCAGCAGGAGCUGAAUGAAUCCCUGCGCCAAGCUCAGGGAGAUCUCAGCGAGUACGAGGCCGAACUUGAGGCCCAGCUGAAAGCCCGAGAUGCUGAGGCCAAGCAGCUAAAGGAGGAACUGGAGAGGAGGAAACGUCUGAGCCAUAUGGAGAGCUCUGCGUUGCAAGCCGAGCUGGAAAAGGAUAAACAGGCGCUGGAGAAUGCACAGAUGAGGGCACAGUUGUUGGAGGAAACAGAACACGAUAACCAGAAGCUAUUGUCUCAGCUGAACCAACUCCAGGGGGAAAACAGUUAUUUGAAAGAACAGGUUGAGAAUCUCCAAGCCCAGCUGGACAAUGCAGUGGAUAACUUGGUCCAUCCUGAGCAAAUCAGCGCCCGUGUGUCUGAACUGAAACGCAAAUUGCAGACAGGUGUUGGUGAAAUCAGGUGCACCAGCCCUACAGAUGUCUUGGGUAGAAACCUGGCAGAGCUUCAGAAACAGUUUAAGGAGAUCCUCACCAAGUCUCAAGAAGAGAAGAAAGAGGCACAGGAAAGGCAGCGUAGACUGCAGGAAGAAAUAACCUCCCUGCAGGAGAAAGCCACGGAAGCCCCGGCAGAGUAUAAGAGGGCCUGCAACAAGGCUGCUGAAGCCAAGAUGCUGGCGCUAAAGAGGCAGUAUGAGGCAAAGGUACGGCAACUGGAGAAUGAAAUUCAGCGGCUAAAAGGAAAGCUAAAGAGCAUGGAAGAAAUCCAGGGCCUGGCAGAUCAGCAGCUUGUAGAGGCCGACGAGGAGCGUGAGAAGCUUCUCUCUGAACUUCAGGAUAUUGAGAAUCAGAGAAAAGUGGAUGAUGCCAUGUCACAGAAACAGUUUUCGGCUCUGGAUAAAGAACUACAGGAACUAAAGAGAGCGGUGUCAAUCUCUGAUAAGCUGGCUGCAUCCGAACUGUCUAACGCCAAGGAGCAGCUGCAGUCUCUUCACGGGACUGUAAUCAAAAUCAACCAGGAGCGGGUGGAGGAAAUGAAGGAAGCUGAAAAUGUCUCUACCCAGGCGGCGCAGGCAUCUCGGGAUCUCGCCAAAGCAGAAGCAGAGAUUGAUCUGCUGCAGAACAUUCUGAAAGAGAGAGAGAGACAGCUCCAGGAAGAAAUCCAGCAUGCUGACACUGGUAUGGCAACUUCCACCUACCAACAGCAGGAGAUAGACAAACUGAACCACACAUUGAGAAAGCAGCGUGGUGAAAUGGACCGCCUUAAACAUUUACUGGAUCAUGCCAGAUUAGAUAACAUUGGUGAGAUUGAGAAUCUGCUGGACGAGAUUGGGGCUCUAAGAAACACGCUUGGCUACCAGAACGAUUAUAUCAGCAGUAUGGCUGACCCAUUCCGACGAAAGGGCUACUGGUACUAUGUGCCAUCUCCAUCAAAUGUAUCCGCUCCAGAUUCUAUGAGUACAAAAGACUCUGGGCUUGGCCUGCAUUACCCUGUGACAUCUUCACCAGCCAGACGGAAGUGCAGUCAUGGCAGGCAUAACAAAAGGGAUGAGUGUGCUCGGUGUGCUGUAGGGCAUUGGGUCUAUUCUCCCCUCAGACAAGGCACACGCAGAUGGCACACCAACAGAGAUGGUGGAGAAGGCGACGGAGAAGAGAGUGAUGCCAGUGUCUCACCCCAGUGCCAUUUUGCCCCUCCUGCUGGUUCAGUUAUUUACACUGUGCUGCCAGACGGCACUCCUGCACCUCAGGGAACAGUGGUGUAUGGACCUCCGCCUCCCACCAAUGGUAGACCAGUUGGUCCUGGGACUGUUAUUUAUGGCCCGCCUCCUGUCGGAACUCAGACUGUCUAUGGACCUCCUCCACUCCAUUUCACUAUCCCUGUUAUCCCGACUGGAGUCCUUCAUUGCAACGUGCCUGCGCAUCACAAUCUGGAAAAUGAGCUGACCCGUUUGGAAGAUAUUAUCGAUCACUUAAAAUCUUGCCGGCACAAAGAGAAACGGUCAAAGGAACGACUGCAGGAAGACAUUAAUGACCUCGAGCAUCAGAAAGAAAUCCUUCGGAAGGAGGUGGAAGAGCUGCAGGUUUCGGACAAGAGACGGAAAAGGAAAAAUGUUUAUGACGGGCACAUUGACACCCUAAUCACUGAGCUGGAACUGGAGAAAUCCCUGCAGCACCACAGUGAGAUCGAAGACGAGAUAGGGUGUGUAGAAAAGACUCUCCUAAAGCGACGGACAGAACUCAGAGAAGCAGAUCGACUGCUGGGGGAGGCAGAAGCAGAACUCCAAAGUACACGUGCAAGGACAACCGAUAUCAUUGAAAAGUACAAUGCAGCAAAGAAGCACUUGAGUACUACUGAGAGCGACGCGGAAGAGCUGGAAAAGCGGGCACAAGAGACAGCCAGACAGCUGGUAAAAGCGGACCAGCAGCUCAGAAUCCUGCAAACGAGCGCUCACGACCUGGAGCAGCACCGAGCAGAACAAGAGAGCAUGUUAUCGGAAAUAAACAGAGUGGUGUCUGAAAGGGACUCAGAAUUCCAAGCCCUCAGCAAAAAAAUUGAUCACAUGACUGAUAGUCUCCAGAAACUCCACAAUGACAUCCAGGCAGCAGUGACCAAAGAAGCCAAUCAUCUUCAGACACUGAAGGAAGCAGAGGCCCUCCUGCAGGAGAAAAAGGCAGUCCUCGAGCGGAUAGACGAGCAGAUAUGCGCCCAACAGCAAGACAUCAUGGAUAUGGACAGGCUUCUAGGCCAGAAGAAGGAGGAGCUGCACCUUCUACAGGAUCACAUUGACCAGAAGAAAGCAGAUCUGAAUGACGUCUUGCGGGAUGGGGAACUGGAUGUUGCCGACUGCAGACAAGAGAUAAAAGAAGUCAAGUCUCUCUUGGAAGAUUUAAGUGUUCAAAAAGGGGAACUUAAUGCCCAAGUGAAUGAGAAGAAGGCACAGUUGGCGCGAUUGAAACAAGAAGUCCUGCAAGAAGAAGAUAACCUCCAACAAUUGGCUUCCCAGAUACAUAAGCUCAAGUCUGAGCUGAAACAUGUCUUGGAGAUGGUGCAGCUGGAGAACAAUGAGCUCCAGGGUUUGAAACUCCAGCACAACCAGAAGGUGGAUGAGAUGGAGAAGACACAGGCAACACUUCUAGAGGGCAAAUUAGAACUGGAGAACUUGCAGCGGACCUCUCAGCGCCUGCACGGGGAGGUGGAAUGGCAGAGACAGCGGCUAGAGAAAGACCACCAGGAAAUGGAGCUUCUCAUGACACAGAUGCACACCCUUCAAGAGAAUGUGGCUUCCCUAGCCAGCCAGAAAGCAAGUGUGGGGGAUAGUAGGCAGGAGCUAGAGAAGAAGCUUGCCCAGGCUAGAAAAGCACUUUCAGCUACGGAGAAUAAUAACAGAGAGGCCACCAGCAACGUAGAGAAAUUGAAGUCUGAGAUCAAACUAUUGCAGAAAGAGAUGGAUCAGCUCAACAAACAGAAGGAAUCUCUGCGACAGGAAGGGAAUGGGGUACAGCAGCACGUGCAAGAGAGAACAGAUGAGUUGAAAUUGCUUAACGACGAGCUUAACGAUUUCCGGGAGCAGCUGAAGCUAAUUGAGCAGGACCUGAGAAAUACCACAAGGGCUCGUGAUGAGAUGCUCAGGGAAAAGACCUUCCUGCAGGCGGGAAUUGAGGAAAGUUUGGCAAAGUACAAGUCACUCCAAGACAAAGAGGCCCGGAAAGAGCAGCAGCUGAGCCACCUCCAAAGGGCAGUAGAGGAGAAAGAGGGCGAGAUGGAAAGACAGGAUGCGCUCCUGAAGCAAGUUCUGAGAGAGUUUGACAUUCGGGAACAGCAGCUGAAAGAAUCCACCGCCAGACUAAAGGAGCACCGUCAGACACUGGAAUGGGAACUGUCCAAUAGAAAGACCUCUUUGGAAAUGCUCAACUCUAAAGUAAAUGCGUUAGAGGAACGAGCCCUGCAGCUCCAGCAAGAGGAGAAGUGGUCGACCGCUCUAGAGGAAACACUCCGAAGCACAAGGCAUCAGUUGGAGGAAAAAGAGCAGGCGUUACAGGAAAAGGCGUCUGAACUUGUGGAGCUGCAGAAGGAGGCGGAGCUUUAUAAGACUGAACUGAGCCGCCUGCGGGAGCAGUUGGCGUCACAGAGGAAAAAUGACGAGAAGCGUAUCAUGUUGCUGAAAGAUGCCGUAAAGAAACAGAGGGCAGAGUAUGAGCAAGCCAUGCAGGAAGAAAAGCAGGAGAAGAGCAACUUGCAGAAGCAGCUGAUUUCCGUGGAACAAGCAGCGUAUGAUAACCAUGAGCGAGCAAAGAGACUGAUGAGGGAACUGAAACAACUGCAGUCAGAUCACACAGAGCUGCACAACCAGCUCAAAACCCAAGAGGAAGUGGAUAAGCGACAGCAGGAAGUGAGGGAGGCAAUGAGCGCCCUAAAGGUCCAGGUUAAAAAUGAAAUCGAAAGCAGCCUGAAAGACCUGCGCUGCUUGGAGGAGCACGAGUCUUUUGGGGAGGUGGAAGCGGAGGCAAACCAGAGUCUGAAGUCUCAGCUGGAGAGUCUAAAGGAGAACUUCCCCUUCUCCAAUGAAACGGCAGCGUAUAAGGACAGAGCUGGGAGAGCCAAAGAUCAUGUGAUGGAUGAACAUUGGCGAGGGGAAGCUCUGCGUGAGAAACUGCAGCAACAUGAAGACAGACUGAAGGCUCAGCUUCACCAGCGCAUGUCCAAGCAAGCCGACGCACUGAGCCGCGCCAAACAGCACACAGAGGGGACCCUGCACAAUCUCCGCAAACAAGUGGAUGCGCUGGAUGAGCUGGUCAGCAACACAUCGGCAGAGUCCUGGCUGCACUCCCAGAACUUGUCCGGAAUCAACCUCUCUUUCCAUGAACAUUCCCACAGUCCUCCAAGCCAGGGAAUCCACAUAUCUCACAUUACAGACACAGCAGGAGGAACCACACACUUCAGCACCCUCUACACACACCGCAUUGUGCCUUGAAAUGAACAGACAUGGCGGCUGUUCCAGCAGUACAUUGCAUCCAUUUUCCAGAAGCACUGGCAAGUCUGACCCUGAAUUUAACUUAUUUUUAUACAUUUCUAUUUUGUAUUAUUGUUCCCCUAAUCAGCCUUUGUAUCAUACAGAUGUAUAUGUUCUACUUUAAUACAAAUAAAUGUUUUUUGUAAGAUACUUAUAAUUUUCCCCACCCCAAAGUUAAAGGGAAACUAAUCCCUGUUAACCACAUGAUUGAACUUGGGAGUGCCCACUACUGUUCCACAACCAAAUCUCCUAAAGUGAAGGCACAUAGACAUAAUUCAGAAUCACAUUCCUAAUGUGGAGGGGUCGCCCCUUUCCCAACGUCCCCACAGAAAGUGAUAAAUAAUGAAGCCAGUUAUAAAUUAUCUAGAUACAGGUACUUUAUUUACAAAUAUUUCGAUUAAUAGCAUUUAGUUACAUCAAGGGAAAGUACAGCCGUCCAAAACAAAACCCUUUAGUCACAGAUAUAAACAGGUGGCUGACUGCAACUGAAGGUAUGUGGGGGGGGGGG